CUGCUGGCUACGAAAAUGUCGAAAAAAAUAGAGAGCAAGCACGACUCCCAGCGGUCCCAUCUGUCCACUUUCACGAUGAUACUGAAGGACAAGUUCCACUCUCCCAAGAUCAAGAGGACUCCAUCGAAGAAGGGAAAGCAGCUGCAGCCCGAGCCAGCAGCCAAAAGUACUGAGAAACCCACCAACAAGAAGGUCAGCAGGUUAGAGGAGCAAGAGAAGGAGGUGGUGAGUGCCCUGCGCUACUUCAAGACAAUCGUGGACAAAAUGGUGGUGGAGAAGAAAGUGCUCGAGAUGCUUCCAGGCUCUGCCAGCAAGGUGCUCGAAGCGAUCCUGCCUCUGGUUCAGGUAGAGGCUCGGAUACAGCAGAGUUCGGCACUGUCUUCCUGCCAUAGUCGAGUGUAUCAAAGUCUGGCCAAGCUCAUCCGUUGGGCAGACCAAGUGAUGCUGGACGGCAUUGACUUGGAGGAUAAAGAAAAUGUGGCAUCUGUCACCGGCGUCAUCAAGGCGGUGCUGGACGGAGUGAAGGAAUUGGUGAAGCUGACCAUAGAGAAACAGGAGCAACCAUCGCCGACCACCCCCAAUAAACCCGCAGCACCUGUCACCACAGCAGAGAGCAGGGUGCCGUCUGAGAUGCCCCUGAUAGACCGGGAGCAGGAGGUCUCAGUCAAAACGGCUCCAGCGGCUUCUUCUGCCGAGCCUGCCCCGGAAUUACCAGAUGAGGACGUGGCCCCUCCCAAACCCCCUCUCCCCGAGGCCAAAAUGGCAGAACUCAGAGCACAGUUGAGUGCUGACGCUGGCCAAAGGAGACCCUCUCAGAAAGAGAAUCCGCCACCCGCCCUCCCGCCGAAGAAGCGCCAGUCGGCCCCGUCGCCCACACCAGUCGCGGUGGUCGCGCCAAUGAGCCGUGGCUCCAGCUUGCCAUGCAGCGACCACAGACAGGAGUACGAGCAGGAGCUCCUUCAGAGGCGCUUUUCCGGGGGGAGUCACUCCUACGGUGGCGACUCUCCACGGCUUUCCCCUUGCAGUAGUAUGGGGAAACUAAGCAAGUCCGACGAACAGCUUUCUUCCAUGGAGCAGGACAGUGGUCAGUGCUCUCGUAACACCAGCUGCGAGACACUCGACAACACAGAGAAUUACGACCCGGAUUACGACUUCCUCCACCAGGACUUGUCUGCCGGGGAGAACCUGCCUCCAAUACCUGUGGGCGGCUGCCUCAGCCCCCUGCCCGAGUCCCACAGCGAGUCCUCCUCCCCUGUCCCGGGACAGCACCCCUCGCAUCCCCGCUUCAGCGCUCCUCCCCCCCAGCAGCCGGAGUACUGGACCCCUCAGCCCAACCAGCCCAAUCCCCUCCAGUCCUCCCGCAUCAGCGCCCCCCCCGCCCUGCCCCAGAAGAAGCGCCGCAGCACCCAGACGUCGCCCUUCCCCGACGGCGGCUCCAGGGUGCUCUACGAGCGCUACCCCUCCCAUUACGACAACCUGUCCGAAGAAGAGCUUCACCCCACGCCGCCGUUCCCCCUCUUCACUCCCAUCUCGCCCAUGCCUCAGACAAACGGGGGAGUCUUCGUGUCUCAGUUCAUCGCCAGUGAGAAUUCAGACGUCUCUGGCAGCCCACCGCCGCUGCCGGAGAAGAAAAGUCGAAACAUCCUUCAGUACAUGCAGUUUGUGGAGGACUACUCGGAGCCGCAGCCUUCCGUCUUCUACCAGAUGCCACAGAGUGAAAGCAUCUACGAACAGCGCAACAGGCAUUUCCAGGAGGUCUGUGGCUUCAAUGACUCCUUCAGCAGCACUGACUCUGUCCACGAGCCUCUGCAGCCCCCAGCUUUGCCACCUAAGCAGAGACAGCUGGCUUCCCACUCCUCUUCCCCUUCUUCCUCGUCCUCCUCUUCUCUCUCCUGCCACCUCCAGCCGUCUGUAGCGGCCAUGGAGGAGGCGGGCUCUGGGCUGGGCCUCAGCAUGUCCGUCUCUAAUUCCUACCUGAAUGGCCAGGCAUCUCUGACCACACCUACGAGCUUGGACCAGGUUGCCUUGACCAAUGCCACCACUCUGGAUGGCAGCGGGGGCGGGCCCAACGGUACCCUGGCUGGCUCUAUGGGUUCUGGGGUCGUUUGUCUUCCCACUGAGUCUUCUCUCACUGACUCUCUCCACACCUCAGCGAGCGAGAGCGCGAAUGACGAGGGCGGGGAGGGGGAGUAUGUCAACUUGUACUCAUCCAGCCAGGCCAAUGGGGAGCUGCCUCUCUCCCUCAGAGAAACGAUUACAGCUGAUGAUGCUCUUCAAGACCCCGCCCCUCAGAUACCAUCAAGCAGUAGCAAAGAGGCUUUGGAAAAAGAAAGGAGGCAAAAGUCAUCGGAAUCGGCCGAGGACGGCGAGGAAGACGUGGACGAGCUCUCCCUCAUAGACCACAAAGAGAUUAUGAGCAGGAUAACACUAAAGCAAGAGAAUGACGACGGCCCCGACGUCCGCGCUGGAUCCGGAGAUAUUUUAUUAGUCCACGCUACAGAAACGGACCGCAAAGAUCUUGUCUUGUACUGUGAAGCCUUUCUGACUACAUAUAGGACUUUCAUAACCCCAGAGGACCUCAUUAAGAAGCUACACCAUAGAUACACCGCGUUCUGCCACAGUCCAGACACCUUCAAGAAGCGAGUCAGCAAGAACACGUUCUUCGUCCUGGUUCGAGUGGUGGACGAGCUGUGCCUGGUGGAGCUGACGGAGGACAUCUUGAAACAACUCAUGGAGCUGGUGUUCACGCUGGUCUGCAACGGCGAGCUCAGCCUCGCCCGCGUGCUCCGCAAGAACAUCCUGGAUAAGGUGGAGCAGAAGAAGCUGCUGCGCUACACCAACUCCCUCAAGCCCCUGGCUGCCCGAGGGGUCUCUGCAAGACCGGGAACGCUGCAUGACUUCCGCAGUCAUGAGAUUGCUGAUCAGCUCACUCUGCUAGACGCUGAGCUAUUCUACAAGAUUGAGAUUCCAGAGGUUCUGCUGUGGGCGAAGGAGCAGAAUGAGGAGAAGAGUCCGAACCUGACUCAGUUCACCGAGCACUUUAACAACAUGAGCUAUUGGGUCCGCUCUUUGAUAAUCCAGCAGGAGAAAGCCCAGGACCGAGAGAAGCUGCUUCUCAAGUUUAUCAAAAUAAUGAAGCACUUAAGAAAGUUGAAUAAUUUCAACUCUUACUUGGCAAUAUUAUCGGCCCUGGACUCUGCCCCCAUCAGGAGGUUGGAGUGGCAGAAACAGACCUCAGAGGGAUUGGAGGAGUAUUGCACGCUGAUCGACAGCUCCUCCUCCUUCAGGGCAUACAGAGCUGCUCUAGCUGAGGUGGAGCCCCCAUGCAUCCCCUACUUAGGUCUAAUUCUCCAGGACCUGACUUUUGUGCAUCUGGGGAACCCCGACCUCAUAGAUGGGAAAGUCAACUUCUCCAAACGCUGGCAGCAGUUCAAUAUUCUGGACAGCAUGCGGCGCUUCCAGCAAGUGCAUUACGAGCUGAAGCGCAACGAGGACAUCAUCUCUUUCUUCAACGACUUCAGCGACCACCUGGCCGAGGAGGCCCUGUGGGAACUGUCACUGAAGAUUAAGCCCAGAAACAUUUCCCGCCGCAAGACAGACCGCGAGGAGAAGACCUAGAGUCUGUGGGCUUUACAAGACUGACCUCCAACUGUGCUUCAUGACACUAACUCCACUUUACUACAGACUGCUAGAACGACACACGAAAGCUAUCCGUUGAAGCUAAUGGGAGACUCGUUUUGGGGCAACCAGAACAAACUACAGACAACUGAAGCGUCGUCGAGGUUUACAAAGAGCCGCGUUGCUCUGGGAGAUUAUAUUUGGGAUGACUGUGGUCUGGCUCGGGAGACGGGGAGAGAUUCAAAGACUAAGACGGUGCCAGGGAAAACCUGGUGCCGAGGAGGAGCGAGGAGCCAGAGUGGACAGGGAGACGCUACGGAAGUCACCAAAGUCUGCUCCCUGGACUCUCUGCUCCGGGGGGGAGCUGUUGCGCGUGUGUGAGAUUAAGCUGAAUGGUCCAUAGCAUUCAAAAUCCCUUCUUUCUUUUCCUUAUGUAUGUGCCAUUUGCUGGUCACCGUCUGCACCCCCCUCCCAGACGUCGGCGUCCCCUCGGACAGAAAAACGUCUGGAGCCACCUGUCGCAUCCAUGCGGGCCGCAGACUGAGAACCUGCUGUGGGUGUGAGGGGUAGGGGGGGGGGAUUGAACCCAAAGCCAGGAUGGCCAACAUAGACUGGAAUUUGGAGUUUGCUUUGAAACAUUUUGUGUAAGAAUCAUGUAUGGUUAUGACAUGUAUUAUAUACAAUGCUCCUUUUGUUCUUAAAAAGGACAUUUAUGCUUAUGAGAAGAGCUUAGCUUCUCCCAAGUGCCAUAUGUAUGUGCACUUAAAAAAAGCAAAGCAAAAACACGAAAAAGAUUCAAUACUAAAGAUGCUGUGAUCUGUGUAUGUCAACCUGAAUCAUGGAGGGCUGUGUUCAAGUGUAAAGAACCAUCAGGCAAUCACAAUCAUGUCGCAGUAAUGUCGGUGUGUAAGAGUGUGUGUGCGUGACUGAAGUCCUCAGACUUGUGUGUGUUUUGUCAUUUCAACAUGUGCUGUAGUAAAUCAUCAACCCCCCCCCCUUUUUUUUGUUUUUUUUAGGAUCAUGUCCAAACCCCACACAUCACACUGUGCUCUCAAACGACAAUAAAUCAAACAGCUCUGUUUCUAUGAACACCAAAGGAUUUUUCCAAAGCUUCUUUUUCCUUUGAGCAAGAGUGAUAUUUUAAUACCUGCAAAGAAUGUCCAUAUCUUACUUUACAGGAACAGCGAGUGGGGAAAAAAGAAAAAAAAAUAUUUAAAAGAAUUAAGGCAUGGAUUUAGCAUUAAAUCAAUUGAAGGAAGCACUUAACAUCAAACUAGGUGUAACACAUUUAACUACACUUCUCAACCUAACUUGAUUUUGAAGAAAUUACUACUAACAGAAAUAGGGCAAGCAACAACUUAAGCACAUUUUACAUUAUAUAUUAAAAGUAUGCUGAUAUUUCAAAGCAACGACGAAGCCGUCAAGCUUAAAAGUGCUGAAGCAAAAUCGAAAUUAAAUACUGAAAUACAACAGUGACUAUCGUCAACUUCAAGACCUUCCAUUUCAGUAACAGUUCAUGUGACCGUUUAGAUUAUAUUAAAAAAAACACUGGAAGACUCAAUUUGUGGAUUAAAAAAAAAAACAUACCAGAUAGCAUACUGGUUCCACACCAGUAAUUCUAAUAAAAAUAAUGAAUGACUGCAGCUUUGAAUGGUUGCAACUCUGAUUGUGGAUCAUGUUUUGUUUUCUUUAAAACUGCAGAGGGCGUUGACAUUUUCUAACCCAGUCUGCACACAUUAGUAGCAGCAACUCUAAAUAAAGACACACAUUCAAAGUCUGGACCCGUCCAUUUACACACGCACACACACACACACACACACACACACACAUAGAGUCUCA